AGAUAGAAAAUUCUAGAUAAAAAACCGUAAAACAACAAUACAGCUUUCAGCAACAACAAAACCGAUCUCCCCUUAUAUCAGACAGAAGCAAACAAAUUGGAGUAGCACUGAACUCUCGACUACCCGGAAAACGCCGCCGGAGUUGGGCGUAGGCCGCCAAAACCACAGAAUCUGGCUUCUCAUUAUCGCUCCAGUACUUUCCAUGACCAUGGUUCGGAAAUUUCUUAAAGUCGGAUCCACGAAGUCAAUAUAUCGUGCUGUUGUUCGUGAUCCCUCUUGCAUAUGUUAUCUGGUGUAUUCGUCUAGAACUUUAUUUUCUUCAUUAUCAAAUUGUCACCAUGCUGAAGCUAGAGAAUUUUGGCAUAAAGAGCAAUCUCAAGACCUUACAAGAUCUGUUGACAUUCUUACUGCAAAAAUUGGCAAAGGAAACAGUGAGGAAGACAUUCUCCAGUCUCUAAUCAGUGAUGAAGCUGUAACUGAUAUUCAUCCAUCUCAAAACCUUAUUAACAGGUUGCUUAUUCGAUAUAAGGAUGAUUGGAAGUCUGCAUUGGGUAUAUUCAAAUGGGCGAGUUUACAUUCGAACUUUAAACAUUCACCAGAAUCGUAUGAUAUGAUUAUAGACAUAUUGGGUAGAAUGAAGGUAAUGGAAAAGAUGAGAGAGAUCUUAGAAGAAAUGCGUCAGGAGAGUUUUAUCACUCUCAGUACUAUAUCCAAAGUAAUGAGAAGGUUUGUUGGGGCAGGACAGUGGAAAGAUGCAGUGAGGAUAUUCGAUGACUUACAGUUUCUCGGCUUGGAGAAGAAUACAGAAUCCAUGAAUGUGUUGCUUGAUACUCUAUGCAAAGAGAAAUUCGUUGAGCAAGCUCGUGAAAUUUACUUGGAGCUGAAGCAUCACAUUGCUCCAAACGCGAACACAUUUAACAUAUUUAUUCACGGAUGGUGUAAAAUCCGCCGUGUUGAGGAGGCACAUUGGACAAUCCAAGAGAUGAAAGGAUACGGUUGUCUCCCUUGUGUUAUAAGUUAUUCCAUUAUCAUCCAAUGUUAUUGUCAAGAACAGAAUUUCAACAAGGUCUAUUUACUUCUCGAUGAAAUGCAAGCUCAAAAUUGCUCCCCCAAUGUGGUCACAUAUACUACUGUCAUGUGUGCACUGGCAAAAGCCGAAAAAAUCGACGAAGCUUUGCAAAUAGUUCAGAGAAUGAACUCUGCUGGAUGUAAGCCUGACUUGCUUUUUUACAAUUCGUUGAUUUAUACGUUAGGGAGAGCAGGCAGAAUAGAUGAUGCUACACAUGUAUUCAAGGUUGUGAUGCCGAAAGCUGGAGUGGUACCAAAUUCAUCCACCUAUAACUCAAUGAUUGCUAUGUUUUGUUACAUUGCACAAGAAGAAAGAGCUUUUGGCAUACUGAAAGAGAUGGAAGGUUCUGGAAUAUGUAAGCCUGAUAUUCAAACUUACCAUCCAUUGAUCAAGUCAUGCUUUAGAAUCAGAAAAAUUGAUAGUUGGUUGAAUGAUAUAUUAAAUGACAUGGUAAAUAAAUAUCAUUUUGGUCUUGAUCUUUCAACCUAUACACUGCUGAUUCAUGGGUUUUGCAGAGCAGAUAGAUGCAAGCGAGCAUUCGAUCUGUUUGAGGAGAUGGUUGAUCAAGAUAUCAUGCCUAGAUAUAGAACUUGCCGUUUACUCUUGGAUGAAGUCAAACGGAAAAAUAUGGAUGAAGCUGCUGAUAAAAUCGAGUUUCUUAUGAAGAAACUGUAAAUGAGUGAGUCCCUUUGAUAGGCACUGGUUCUAAAUCUCUAUGUAUGGUACUGGUUUCUAUCAAAAUGUUGCCACAAAAAUGCCAAUUCAAAAUGAUAAGUAAUUCUUGUAAUUCUUGCUGAGAGACUGUAUAAAUUUAUAAUCCUGUGCUUCUUUUUUCAUCCUGUUGGAGAAAUGAUGUAUAUUCUUGUACCCUUUGAGAUGUAUCUAUAUUUUCAAGUACUUGCAAUCACUCUAAUAGUUACUUUCAUCAUUAAACUUAAGACUUGAUGUUACUUAAGUGUA